AUGUAUCAAGCAAAAAGCAUUCUACAGUCAUUGUUGAUGAUCCUUUUUUUCAGACUUAGCAUUUCUACCGACUCCAUCACACUCACUCAGCCUCUUAAAGAUGGUGAUGUACUAGUCUCUAAUGGAGAAAGAUUUGCGCUUGGAUUCUUUAGCCCCAGAAAUUCCAGCAACCGGUAUGUGGGUAUCUGGUAUAACAAGGUGUCAGAGAAAACGAUAGUAUGGGUUGCCAAUAGAGAUCAUCCGAUCACUAACACAACAGGUAUCCUAUCACUUGAUGAAACAGGAAACCUCGUCUUGCGUGAGAGUACUCAACCUUCUGUGUUCUGGUCGACCAACGUUUCUGGAGUGGAGAAUAAUGAUGUUUCCGCUCAGUUGUUGGAUUCCGGGAACUUGGUGUUGUUUCAAGGUCAAAACAGACGGGUUUAUUCAUGGCAAAGCUUUGAUCAUCCUUCAAAUACCAUUCUUCCGGGUUUAAAAUUCGGGAUAGAUAAGAAAACGGGUAUGAACAGGAUGGCUUCGUCUUGGAAAUCCAAUGGGAACCCUGGCAUCGGGGAGUAUUCGUUUAAAAUAGAAACUAUUGGGUCAACUCAGUUGCUCUUGUACAAAGGUACGACAGCAGUUUGGCGAGGCGGCUCAUGGACGGGUCAUGGGUGGAGCGGUGUACCGGAGAUGACACAGAACUACUUGUUUAACGUCACUUACACAGACAACAACGAUGAGGUAGCGCUAGUUUAUCUUAUACGUAACUCAUCGAUUUUCUCAAGAUUAGUCCUUAACGAGUCUGGGAAAGUUGAGAGGUCAACAUGGCAUGAUGCGGAUCGUCGGUGGAUUGUGUUUUGGUCGGCUCCAAAAGACGAGUGCGAUGGGUACAGCCAUUGUGGUCCUUUUGGCCUUUGUGAUCCAUACAAGUCGGGAACUUUCGAGUGCGAUUGUCUUCCAGGGUAUGAGCCUCGGUCACCACAGGAUUGGUACCUCAGAGAUGCGUCCGGAGGAUGUAAGAGAAAGGUCGGGACCGAGGUGUGCAAGGAGGGAGAAGGGUUCGUGGAGUUGGCACGUGUGAAGGUACCCGACACGUCGACAGCACGCGUGAACAUGAGCUUGGGAUUGGAAGCAUGUAAAGGGUUGUGUUUGAGGAAUUGCACGUGCAUGGGGUAUGCAGUUGCUGAUAUUAGCGGCGGGGGACGAGGCUGCGUCACUUGGUAUGGAGAGAUGAUUGAUACAAGAACUUAUUCCGAUGGGGGCCAAUCUUUCUUUAUCAGGGUGGAUGCAGAAGAAUUAGGUACGCCAUUAAUUCAUUCUCUAAUGCUAUUUAAUAUUUAA